GUAGAGAAGCGAGAGACUCGUGUUGUGGAGGAGUGGAGCUGGCAGCCGAAGAGACCCCGAGAGAGAGACCGGGCUAGGUGUGGUGACCCAAAUGGAGGCGGCCGCCACGUCGCCGUCGCCGGAGCAGCCGCUGCUCCGGCCCCCAUCCCCGCCGCCGAAUCCCCGCGCCGACGCCAGGUCCGGCACCCCGGCUUCGCCUUCUCCCUCCGCGGCGAGGCCGAGCCGCCUCGCGGCGCUCAUCGGGCGCGCGGCGGGGCGGCGCGGGCCCUCGAUGCUGGUGCGCGAGACGGCGGCGCUGCAGCUGCAGCGGAGGCGCGCGGACUGGGCGCACUCCCGCCCCGUCGUCGCGCUCGACAUCGCCUGGAACGUCGCCUUCGCCGCCGCCGCGGCCGCCGUGCUCGCGUCCUCCGCCGAGGAGAGCCCCGUCAAGCCGCUCCGCCUGUGGCUCGUCGGUUACGCCGCCCAGUGCCUGGUGCACGUCGGGCUCGUCUGCGCCGACACCCGCCGCGGGACGCGGCGCGCCCGGGGCUCCGCAUCCGACGUCGAGUCUGCCGGCGCAGGGACGGACAGCUCGGACGCCGACAGCGAAGAUGACGAAAGGGCGGAAGGGAGGAGCAGCCGUACAAGUCGUUGCGAGACGAUGAACACGUUGAUAUCAUUUCUGUGGUGGAUCAUUGGAUUCUACUGGCUAGUGUCAGGUGGGGAGGUGCUCGAGUAUGGCGCUCCAAGGCUGUAUUGGUUAACCGUUGUGUUUCUGGCCUUUGAUGUGUUUUUCGCUGUGUUUUGUGUUGCUGUGGCCUGUUUCAUUGGGAUUGCGCUGUGUUGCUGCUUACCCUGUGUCAUUGCUAUUCUGUAUGCUCUGGCUGGCCAGGAGGGUGCAUCAGAUGCAGAUAUUAGUGUUCUUCCAAGGUAUAGAUUUUCUGAUCCUAGUGAGGAUGGUGAGAAGGGGACUGAUGAAGGUCUGAUGAUCCCCAUCCUGAAUAAUAGUGGAGUUUCAACAAGUGAGCGCAUUCUACUUCGUGAGGAUGCUGAAUGUUGUGUCUGUCUCUCAUCAUACGAAGAUGGAGCUGAGUUAUCUGCUCUCCCCUGCAACCAUCACUUUCACUGGACUUGUAUUACCAAAUGGCUGCGGAUGAAUGCAACAUGUCCACUCUGCAAGUAUAACAUUCUCAAAGGCAGUGACAGUGCAUGACAAACUUAUGCUGACAUAACUUCCGCACAGAGGCUGUGCUCAUCAUCAUCUUCUUUCAAGUGACAUUCUCAAAGCAAUGCAAUGUCUUUGUGAUUCUGGUCUGGUUGUAUGCUGUUUUAACAGCUGUGUUUUUAAGUGACAGUGAUGUGUGUUUUCCUGUUUAGGAUGUGGUGAUAACCUGUAAAUGGAUGAGACCUAACUUACAGUUGCGCUUGCUAAAUUGCUUGUAAAUAUCUUUGGAGGACUUGUUUUCUGCGUAUGAUGGAAUCAGAAUUGGUGAAAUACUUUGUGAUUCUGAAAUGGUUGUAUGCUGUUUUAACAGCUGUGUUUUUAAGUGACAGUGAUGUGUGUUCUCCUGUUUAGGAUGUGGUGACAACCUGUAAAUGGAUGAAACCUUAACUUACAGUUGCCCUUGGCCCCUUGCUAA